CACAUUACACAAGGACUCCUAAACCAUCUCUUAGUUAACACUCCAUUAAGUAGCUUUAGUCUCGAUAUACCUCUGCGCAUCAAGAAAGGAAGAAGAUGAAGCUGCAGCUUUUCAUCUUUAGUGUUUUGAAGUAUUUGGUUCUGACCAGUCAAGAGAGAGAAACACAGGGGCUGACAUUUACCGACGGCUGGAACUUCACAGUCUUCAGUUCACUUUACAAUUUUACAUAUCCUGGGGAUGAGGAUGAGCAAUCUAGUCCUUGCAACGUAAGUGUGCCUGGAUUUAACGGCCUGGGCCUGAUGAUCACCUACAUCAUGGUGUUUGUCUUCAGCGUGGCUGGCAACAGUGUAGUUGUCUAUGUGGUGUGCUAUAUGAAGAAAGGCAGAGCCAGCACAGAUAUCUACUUAAUGCACCUGGCGAUAGCGGACCUCCUGUUCUCUCUCACGCUUCCAUUCUGGGCUGUCGACGUUCACUCUGGUUGGAUCUUUGGCAACUUCCUAUGCAAACUCCUGUCAGGCUUUCAGGAGGCAUCAGUAUACAGUGGUGUGUUCCUGCUUGUGUGCAUCAGCGUGGACCGUUACUUUGCCAUUGUGAGAGCUAUGCGUGUCCUAUCCUCCCACCACCGGUUGGUGAAAGUGGUGUGCGGUGUGGUGUGGCUGGUGGCUGGACUGCUGUCCUUACCUGUGGCCCUUCAGAGGGAGAGCAUACAAGCUGAAGAUCUGGGUCAGACCAUUUGCUUUGAAAACCUAACAGGUGAAAGCAGUGACCGCUGGCGUGUUAGCAUGCGUGUCCUGCGCCAUACAAUGGCCUUUUUCCUGCCACUGGUGGUGAUGGCUGUCUGCUACGGCUGGACUGUGGUGACGCUGUUUCACACACGAAAUCAACAGAAGCAUAAGGCCAUGCGCGUCAUCCUGGCAGUGGUCUUAGCAUUUAUUCUGUGCUGGCUCCCUUAUAACAUCAUUGUACUGAUUGACUCACUCAUACGAGGCGGAUCACUUGUACUGGAGACAUGUCAUGCUCACUACAGCGUGGCAGUGAUUUUCAAUGUGUCCCAAGUGUUGGCCUUCAUGCACUGUGCAGUGAAUCCAGUGCUGUAUGCUUUCAUUGGGGUGAAGUUUCGUAACCAGCUGCUCUUAGCUCUUUACAAACAUGGCCUCAUUAGUAAGAGGCUCCACAUGGCUUACAGGAGAGGCUCUGUCAGCAGUGCAGGGAGCAUCAAAUCUAGAAACAGCUCUGUUUCGAUGUAAAAAGCUCUGGAUGAAUGAUUAUUUACAGGCUUGGGCGGUGGUCAUUUUUAUUUGCUCCUGCAAUUGGCCAAACAAGGAAAGUGUAGCAGAUUACAGCAGGCCUCAACAACCAAGAGGUCAACAGAAGCUAAUAUUAUAAAACAUGUACAAGAAGAGAGAAAAUGUAGGUGUUAGCUAGAUUAUUCAAAACCUGAACUCAGUUCCAUAUUCAUUACUCCAUCCCAGCCCACACAAAAAGGAAAACGAGGACCUCAACCUCAGAAGGUCAGUGGAGGAACGUAUGGUGCACCACCAAUGUAGUGAGAGAGAGCUGUACAGCCAUUGACUAGUUUGAUGGUGUGCCAUGCCUUUUCUACUUUGAGAACUGGUGCAACUUUUUGAGAUUUCAUUGUCAUUUAUAUAUAUUUCACAAUGCAUGUGUGGUUUUUUCCAUGACAACACAGCCCUUUAAGGCCUUUAAAAAAUGUAAUUUCCUUGUGGUUAUGGUUCUGAAACAUUGUGAAAAUGACUGAAGCGCCAUCUUGUUUUUCAACUUGAGAAAGUUAGUUUUUUUUUAACAAAAGAAAGUAGUGAAAAAACGUUCUUGUAAUCAGACAUCUUAAUCUUUCAAACAGGAAGAGGUGGCAAAAUCAGCUUUCCCUUUUCAAAUACAAGGUAGAGUGCGUCCCUUUGAUGAUUGGUUUUCAUUUGGGCACACUUUUAUCUGUCUGUUCAAACUGCUGGUGCAGGAAACAUAACAGUAUUCUUUGUUAGAAAUGCUGUAAUAUUAAAAUCCGGUAUUUUUUUGUUGAGCAUCAAUUUGCAGUUGACAUGUUAUGGCACAUAAGAUAUACUUUAUGUAUCUGCUUUUUGUAUAUGUGCAAGUUGCACGUGAGUAUGGUCUGUGUGUGUAUGGUGUGUAUAUCAGCGUGGGUGGCUCUUUGGCUGAGCUAAAGAAGAAGGGAGAAUGUUUCUUAAUGACAAAGUUUUGCAGAAGCCAUGGUUGCUAAACAAAAUUUCAUGUAAAUGAUGGGAUGUUUUUAUGCACUCUGACUAUAUGAAUUCUUAUUCUGUUAUCCUUUUUCACAGUGUUUAUAGAAAACUCAUUUGAGCUCAAGUCAGAUAUAUGCUCCUGCUCCUGGUUCAGUUCAGUGUUCAAUUUUUGUUCUUUCUUUCUUUUGUACAAAUCAGCAUUCAUAUCAUAUUCAUAUCUCUUACUCAUUCUUUCAACUCUGACACAGUUGGUGAUGCUUGCUAAUACUUUCCAAGCAUGCCUGUCCUGUGUUUUCAGUUUUUGUGUGUGUGUGUGUGUGGUUUGAUGUAGCCUAUCAUUUGAUUGACUCACAAUAAAGAAUGCUUAAA